AUGGCAUCCUCGACCAAGAAACCUGAUGGACGAGUCUGGAAGGCAUGCUUCUCCUGCCGGCGGAAGAAGAUCAAAUGCGACGGAGAACAGCCAUGCUUCAUGUGCGAGUCUCGCAACCACCUUUGCGAGUACCCCGAGUCUAACGAUCAUGCCGCGACGAGUCGACGUUAUGCAACAUCACUGGAGGAACGGUGCCAGCACAUGGAUAAGUUGUGCAUCCGCUUGGAGGGCCUAGCCCAAACACUUUCCCAGUACAUCACUCGGGCGCAGGCAAUCAACCAUUCGUGCAAUGCUUCCAACCAGAUCGGGCAAUAUCCAACGGUCGGGUCUUCGCCGCCUGCGACGGCUAUUUCUACGGAUCACCUCUCAGAAAAGACAAGCUACAAGGCAGCGGUCGAGCCAUCAACCGCCUCUCCUAUUGCUUCGCAUCCCACCAGCCCUCCCCCUGCAUAUCGAGCCAGUGCAGAUCUAGUGGGUCAUAUGGUGGCCGACUCAUACGGCCGACUCAGGUAUGUUGGUGGAGUAGCCAACAACAUGGUGAUCGAGGCAGUUCAAAGCUUGUCACCAACAAGUGAUCAAACAUCCUGUGAACAGAGCAGCUUUAUCAGAAGAUCAGAGGUGGAACUGCCGUUUUUUACUCGCGAUAAGACGUGGCCCGAUCUACCGUAUCUGCCGCAGGCGAGGGAGAUGACGCGACCUCCCCGAUACAUCUCAGACUUACUGGUCGACAUCUACUUUGAGAGAUUGCAUUACACCUUUCCUAUCUUAUAUCAACCAGAUUUCAUGAUCCAGUAUGAGAAGUUGAAAGAUACGAGGGAUUUGACGGGCUUUGACAGAGGCUUUCUCUCCGUCUUCUUUGCAGUCUGUGCUUGUGCUUCGGGCUUACUUCCUCAAGCGCCUGGUGCGUCUACUUUGGCGGGUGUGGAGUUCUAUCAGAAGGCUCUACUCAUGUUCUUCGCUUCCAGCGGCUGGAAUGUUCUCGCGCAAGGAUGGCGACUGGCUGGGCAGGCAGUUCGAAUUGCGCAAGAUCUUGGUCUGCAUCUCUCCAGUCUGAGGGAACCUCAAGGAAAGACACCAUGCUUGCUGGAUUUGAAGGAAGCGCAGAUUGCUCGCUGUGUUUGGUGGAGCGUAUUCGAGAUCGAUUGUUUGACUUCAAUAUGCCUAGGACGGCCGAUGGCCGCACAUAUUGCCCAUAUUUGCUGUGACCUACCCCUGGAUAUCAGCAACGAGGAUCUGGGACAAGGCUCUGACUGUGGUUAUAAGACUCAGCAUCCGCAUUCAUCGAUGAUGGGCUUCAUCGCGCUGAUCCGGCUGUGCAAGGUGGCCGCCGAAGUACACCACUUCCAUCUGUCCAACAGAAUGGGACGCGGAGACUCGUCCGGUCAAAGCUGGACUACUAUGCUCACCAAUGUCAACAUAUUCACAAAGCAGCUUGAUAAUUGGGUCCAAGAACUCCCAGACGAGAUUCGAUACUCUGCUAACAAGGGCCCGAGUGGGCUAAAUUUGACUAUGAGUGCUAUAGCAUUUCUUUUGCACUCGGCUAUUCUUAUGAACUUAUACCGAUUGAGGAUGACCGAGUCCGUUGAUUCAGAGCAGAUCUCGCAAGGACGUACGGCUCUUUGCCUUCUCACCGAGAUUGAGCGAGUCUGGCCGGGUGCUAGUCGCAGCCGUGCAAUCCUGGAACGACUGCUCCAGGACCCGGGUGACUUUGACGGCGCUAGUCAACCCACGCCCUUAUCUAUAUUUGACGGCCUCUCAUGGGAGGACUUCCCGGGAGCUGAUAUGAUUGACGACUUUCUGCGGAAUGAGCUGUGA